ACAACAUAUCCAACUUUCAGAGAACGUAUUGAAUCAGUAAAAUUCAACGCUCGCCGGAAAAGUCGUCGGAAAAUCAUCGGGAAAGCCUAUCCUCGACAUAUAAUGCGUACACGCAUCCAUGAAUCAUCACUAACCAUCAGACAAUGUGGGCAAAGUGCUACACGAACCAUGUGUUUCAAACCCUAAACCCUAAGUGAACCCUGAACCCUAAACCCUUUGUUGAUGUGACUUGAAUCGGACUAUCAGCCGCUACGACUGGUAAUCAGCCGCUAGACCACAUGGAGAAGUACUAUAAAUACUUCGUGUUAGUGAACUACGUAAAUCGUGUGUCGUGUUGCAAUGCUCUAUUUAUAUGUUGUUGUUUUUCUAGUUGUAUUUUUAAUGACCCUAGUGUCAUUAUGAACUUAUGAAUUUCAUUAUGGAUUUCUAGCGAGUUCGGGGUCGAUUGGACGAAGAUCGGGCGCGAGGCAAGUCAAUCGUCGGUCGCCGGCACCGUUCUUCCGUCGUCGGCUAACCUCCCGUCGCCCUCAAUCGUCGGAAAACAAGUAAGUUUACUUUUUCCGGCUAGUUUUCCAGUUUUCCGGUAAGUUUUCCAGUUUUCCGGCGAAAAACACGGCGGGCCGAAAAAAAAUUGCGGCCCGAACGUCGCCGAGCCGAAAAAAAUUUGUGGCCGGGAUGACGGCCGGCCGAAAAAUUCUUUCGGCCCGGCGACGCCCCGGCCGCAAAUUUUUUUCGGCCGGCCGACGAACACGCCGCCGGAAAAUUUUUGGCCGGCGUGUUCGGCGACCGGCCGAAAAAAAUUCUUUCGGCCCGACGUCGCUCCGGCCGCAAAUUUUUUUCGGCCGGCCGACGAACACGCCGCCGGAAAAUUUUUGGCCGGCGUGUUCGGCGACCGGCCGAAAAAAAUUUGCGGCCGUGGCGUCGCCGGCCGAAAGAAUUUUUCGGCCGGCCGUCGUCCCGGCCACAAAUUUUUUUCGGCUCGGCAACGUUCGGGCCCCAAUUUUUUUUCGGCCCGCCGUGUUUUUCGCCGGAAAACUGGAAAACUUACCGGAAAACUGGAAAAUUGGCCGGAAAAAGUAAACUUACUUGUUUUCCGACGAUUGAGGGCGACGGGAGGUUAGCCGACGACGGAAGAACGGUGCCGGCGACGGAGGCACUGGGAAGGAAGGGAAAAUUCAAAAUUAAAAUUUUUUUUUUUUUACCGGCGACGGAGGCACUAGGAAGGAAUAGAAAAUUCAAAUUUUGAAUUCUUUUUUUUUUUUUAGUUGGCGGCAAAUAGCAAUUUGAUUGGCGGCAAAUAGCCGUUCACUAAUAUAUCCGCUAUAAAUGGCCUUGGUAUGGGGGAUAUGUUUCUUAUCCCAACACAAAGCAAAACAAGAAGCAACAAAUAAAGAGAGCCAGAGAGGAAGAAAAAGAAAAAAAAAAUGGUCGACUCAGCUUCCUACGAUCGAGCCGCCGAAUUGAAAGCUUUCGACGAGACAAAAGCCGGAGUGAAAGGUCUUGCGGACGCCGGGAUCACUGAUCUCCCUCGCUUCUUCCACAUCCCGCCUCACCUCGUCGACCGCCGCCCAACAAUACCUCCCGUCGACGCUCCAGCCCGCUUCAUCUUCCCAACAAUAGACCUCCAAGCCCUAACAACGAUGGACCCCGAGAAGCGAAACGGCAUCGUCCAGCAAAUGAGGGAUGCAGCGUCGGAGUGGGGAUUCUUCCAAGUGGUCAACCACGGAAUCCCCGAGAAUCUUCUAGAAGAAAUGAAAGCUGGCGUCCGGAGGUUCUUCGACCUGGACGUGGAGCAGAAGAAAGAAUUUUUCGAGCGUGACGACAACACCAAGAAGAUCAUUUACAACAGCAACUUCGACCUGUACAAGUCGCAGUUUGCCAAUUGGAGGGACAGCAUCUACAUCAACAUGGCACCGGAUCCGCCCAGCCCUCAGCAACUCCCCGAUUGCUGCAGGGAAAUCCUGAUUGACUACUCCAAGGAAGUGAUGAAAUUGGGAGAUCUGAUUCUGCAACUGCUGUCGGAGGCUCUGGGUCUGGCCCGAAAUCAUUUGCGAGAAAUGGACUGCUCGGGUGGAUUGUACUUACUUUGCCAUUGCUAUCCGGCCUGCCCUCAGCCCGAGUUGACCCUAGGCUCGAGCAAGCAUCAAGACGAUGACUUCAUAACGCUGCUUCUCCAAGAUCACAUCGGAGGCCUUCAAGUUCUCCAUCAGGAUCAUUGGGUCGACGUGCCUCCGGUACCUGGGAGUCUCGUGGUCAACAUUGGAGACUUUCUUCAGCUUGUAUCCAAUGAUAAGUUAAUAAGCACGGAGCACCGCGUGGUAUCGAAAGACAUUGGGCCUAGAGUGUCGGUGGCCAGCUUCUUCACUCAUGGCUUCGCACCAAACUCUCGGAUGUACGGACCCAUAAAAGAAUUGUUGUCUGAUGAGAACCCUCCAAAAUACAGGGAAACAUCGAUUCAGGAUUAUUCUGCCUACCUUUACGAAAAGGGUACUGGUGGCGAUGGGCCCCCUAUUCUGCAUCACUUGAAGCUCUGAAGUGGAGGCAAUGGAGCCCGAAUUCCAUUUGGUCGGAGAUGGUUUUUCGUCAAUUGACGUGCACUGGUUUGGUACGAAAAAAGAUCUCGUUGUGGGAGAAGUUUUAAGUAAGGAUGAAAUAAGGACCGCUUUCGCUU